CAUUAAAGAAAAUAUUUGAACUAAUCUAUAUAUAUAUAUAUAUAUAGACCACAAUUUAUUUACGGAAAUCAAAUUAAUAUGUCAUCUCGCAGUUUGAUAUCUGGCUUUACGUUUCGUUUUAGAAAAAUUAUUCAUCAAUUCAAUGGACUUCAUAAUACGACAAAGGAUAUUGAACCAAUUACAUAUGAACGAAGUCCAAUUACUGAGAGAGUUCCCGUUCCCGGUAACAGGUUGAUUGACAGUGACCGUCAAGAACCGGGAUUAUCACCUUCAACGAUGUCGAGCCUAGAACGAGAUCAAUUAGGAUUACGUGGUCCAGGAGAUUCUAUUUCUUCGAGUCUCAUUAGAGGAAUUGAUCACAUCAGAAAUCCUCAACUAAACAAGGGAAUGGCUUUCUCGAUAGAAGAGAGACAGACCCUUGGAAUUCAUGGACUUCUUCCAGCAGCCGUUAAAACUCAGGAUGAACAAUUGAAACUCUGUAGAUUGAAUAUUGAUCGUUAUCCUGAUGAUCUCUCUAAAUAUAUUUAUCUUUCGAGUUUAAUGGAUCGAAAUGAGAAGUUGUUUUAUCGUUUGUUAGGCGAGGAUGUUGAAAAAAUGAUGCCUUUAGUUUAUACGCCGACUGUUGGACUUGCUUGUCAAAAAUUUGGUUUAAUUUAUCGUCGACCAAGAGGUCUUUUCAUUAGUAUUCAUGAUAAGGGCCAUGUGUAUGAUGUAAUAAAAAAUUGGCCUGAACACGAUGUUCGAGCAGUUGUUGUUACCGAUGGUGAACGAAUUCUUGGCCUUGGUGAUUUAGGCGCUCAUGGAAUGGGAAUUCCCAUUGGAAAAUUAUCCCUUUACACUGCAUUAGCUGGAAUUAAACCCAAUCAAUGUUUACCCGUUACACUUGAUGUUGGAACAAAUACUCAGUCGUUACUCGAUGAUGAACUCUACAUUGGUCAUAGACAUAGGCGUAUUACGGGUGAAGAGUAUGAUGAAUUUAUUGAGGAAUUCAUGAAAGCAGUUGUUAAACGUUACGGACAAAAUACUUUAAUUCAAUUUGAAGAUUUUGGAAAUUCAAAUGCCUUUAGAUUAUUAAGCAAAUAUCGUGAUCAUUAUUGUACAUUUAAUGAUGAUAUUCAAGGAACAGCUUCUGUCGCUGUAGCUGGACUUAUUGCUUCUCUAAGAAUUACUGGGACCAAAUUGUCAGAAAAUACAAUCGUCUUUCAAGGAGCUGGAGAGGCCGCAUUGGGAAUUGCAAGUCUCUGUGUAAUGGCAAUGAAAGGCGAAGGUGUGAGUGAAAAUGAGGCAAAAAGUAAAAUUUGGAUGGUGGAUUCAAAGGGUCUUAUUGUAAAAGAUCGUCCAAGUGGUGGGCUCACUGUACACAAAUUAAAAUUUGCUCGUGAACAUGAACCAAUUACAACUUUAGCUGAAGUUGUAAAAGUUGCAAAACCAACAGUUUUGAUUGGAGCUGCAGCAAUUGGCGGUGCAUUCACCGAAGAAAUUCUAAAAACAAUGGCAAAAAAUAAUGAGAGACCAGUAAUUUUUGCAUUAAGCAAUCCAACAAGCAAGGCAGAAUGUACCGCCGAGGAUGCUUAUAAACAUACUCAGGGAAAAUGUAUUUUCGCCAGUGGAUCGCCUUUCCCACCAGUAGAAUACAAUGGCAAAACAUAUCAUCCCGGACAGGGUAACAAUAGUUAUAUUUUCCCUGGAAUAGCACUUGGUGUAAUUUGUGCCGGUAUGCGAACAAUUCCUGAAGAAACAUUUUUGAAUGCAGCAUCCAGUCUUGCGGAAUUAGUAACUGAUAGAGAUUUAGAAAGUGGCAAUGUCUAUCCACCCCUUGACGAUAUUAAAAAAUGUUCACUUCGAAUUGCGGUGAAUUUAAUGGAAUAUGCAUAUCGAAUGUCUUUAGCAUCAGUUCAUCCUGAACCAAAGGAUUAUGAAGAAUUUAUCAAGGCACAAUUAUAUGAUACCAGUUAUACAUCAUCGAUACCUGAAAUUUAUCCUUGGCCGAAAUUUUAAAAUAAAAAAAUGAUUUUUUAUCUUCUUUAAUGCGUUACUUGAUGUAACGUUUUUUUUUUUUAAAAUGAAAAGCCUAAUUACGACGACUGAAUUUCGAUGGUUUUGGUAUCGUAUUUCCUGUUGAGCAGGCAGUUACGAGUCACGUUUUGUGAUAAAUAUUUAUUUGAAAAAAAAAAACUUUUAUUGACAAUUGUUCAAAUAACUCGUUUUUUAAGUAGUUAAUUUUUACGUAAUUCUAUAAAUUUUAAGUUAGUUUUUUUAAUAAAGGUCUGCCUAAAAGACCGUUUAGAUUUUGCAUUAAUGAGAACUUCAAUUUUUGUAUAGAUUGCAAUAAAUAAAUAUUGUUAUUAUUUAA